GUGAAUGGGCCAGAGAAAAACCAGUGUUAUUUCCCCAGAAAAUAUACAGGACAUCAGGUCACAAUGGCUAGUCAUGGUGUUCCCCGCCAACGCUCCGUAGAAGAGCGGUCCCAAGAAGCCCGUCAGCAAGAGAUUCGCAAGAUCGAGAAAUAUCAGGAGUUGGAUCGGUCAGUCCAUGAUAAGAUUGAUCAGCACCAAUAUACACCGGAAACCCUCCAGAAUAUCUCCGAGUUGCUGAGCAGCAACCCUGAGUACUAUAGCGUGUGGAACUAUCGACGGCAGGUUCUGCGACAUGAAUUCUCGCAAGCAGCAUCGUCCGACCCAGAAGAUGCAGGCAUUGGUCGGAUAGUGGAUCUCAUUAAGAGCGAUUUGCUGUUUCUGAUCCCCCUCCUUCGCAGUUUUCCCAAGUGUUAUUGGAUUUGGAACUAUCGUUUAUGGCUGUUGGAAGAAGCCAAGCACCUUCUCCCUCUCCCACUCGCGCGGAGGUUAUGGCAAGAAGAAUUGGCGCUUGUUGGUAAGAUGCUGAGCUUAGACAGCAGAAACUUUCACGGUUGGGGGUAUAGGCGCUUCGUGGUCGAAACACUGGAGACAUUGCCAUCAGAGGGAACGACAAGGAAGACCAUGGCGCCAGAGGAAUUUGAAUACGCAAAGAAGAUGAUAGGCACCAAUCUCUCCAAUUUUUCGGCUUGGCACUAUCGGACGAAACUGAUUCAACGGCUUCUAGAUGAGAACUCUGCUAAUGACCAGGAGCGGAAAAAGAUGCUCAAUGAUGAGUUGGAUCUAAUCCACCGCGCUCUAUGUGACCCGUACGACCAGUCUCUUUGGUUUUAUCACCAGAACAUAAUGUGUACUUUUGAUCCGUCGCUAGCGGGAUCGACCAUGGCGCCCAAUCUAAGCACCUCGGAGCGUUUAGAAUAUGUGCAGCGGGAGAUCGACGAAAUUCAAGAGCUGUCAGACGGAGCGGAGGACUGCAAAUAUAUCUACCAGGGAUUGAUUGACUGUACUCUACUGAUGUGCAAGAUCCAAGGGACGAUGCCCAGUGGAGAGCAAAAGAAGAAUAUCUUGAGCUGGCUCUCAGAACUAAAAAGGCUGGAUCCACUACGGCAAGGACGAUGGCUGGAUUUCGAAAGGUCGCUAGAAAAGACCAGCAAAGACACCUGACGCAAAGACUCGCCUCUCAAUCAAUUAUCUCAAGCAAUGGAAUGCAGGACGGUCGCACAUAGACGCCGUAUCCUGUACACAUCCUGCGGGCUCCGUGCAUAUGGAAAUCUCUCUUGAAGACGCGUUAAGUGGCGGGAAGCAACUGUUAUAGGGAUCCUUAGAUAUGGAAGAUUAUUAUACGAAUUAAAUAAUUCUUCCUGUAUUGUAUUCUAACAAGAGAGAAGCCUCUUCAAAUCUCCUUG